AUGAUGUCUUCAAACGUGUCCAGCCCCACUGUCCGCACCUCUCUGCCUCUUUCGCCCUCAGCUCAGGGGGGAAUCGCUAUCUUGACCUUGGCUUUCGUCUUGGGAUUCCCUGGAAACCUAUUUGUGGCCUGGUCAGUCUUCUGCCGAGUAAGAAAGCGCUCCGUUACCUGCAUCUUGGUCCUGAAUCUGGCUCUGGCGGAUGCCUUCGUCCUGCUCAGCGCCCCCUUGUUCUUACGAUACCUGGCCGGGGGGAGGGGCUGGGAGUUUGGCUCAGCAGCAUGUAAGCUGGUGCAUUAUCUGUCCAGCGUGAACAUGUACGUGUCCAUUUACCUGAUCUGCCUGAUGAGCAUGGAUCGCUGGCUGGCUGUGUCCAGGCCCUUCUUGUCCCAGAGGGUGAGGACAAAGCGCUCUCUGCUGCUGCUGCUGAUGGGAGUCUGGAUCCUGGCCUUUGUACUGUCACUGCCCAUGCCCUUCUAUCGCAGUAACAUCAGGCGUCACAUCUUGAACAUGACGGUGCAUCUGUGUGUGCCGUAUCAUGAGCACGUGGGCCAUAAAGUCUUCCAGUACCUGUUUGAAACAGUGAUGGGCUGUCUGGUGCCCUUCUCCCUCAUCACCUCCUGUUACUCCUCUGUGAUCCGCCGCCUGCAGUCGGCCAUGUUCCAGCGCAGAGCGCAGGGCAAUCGGCUCAUCCUGCUCAUCGUCCUCGCCUUUGCCAUCUUCUGGCUGCCGUACCACAUCGUCAACAUCAUCGAGGUGGCUGGCGUGUUGCAGGGCAGUCAAACCACCAUCAAAGCCGCUCUCACCGCUCGCCCGAACGUCACAGCCUUUGCAUACUUCAGCAGCGCCGUGAACCCGCUCCUGUACGUGUUCGCGGGCAGCUCCCACAUACGCAAUGCCGGGCUCAGCUUCAUGGGAAAACUGUUCGAGGCCACAAACUCGGAGAGCAGAAGCACCUCCACCUUCUCACGCGGCGGCCGAAGCUCCGCCACAGACGACAGCUCCGUCCUCCACACGCUGUCCACCAAACUGGGACGAGCGUGUGGAGGGAAAAGCAAAGACCUAAGAGAGAAUGAGGAACAAGGAGAGAACAGACCAGAGCUCAAAACACUGGCAACAGAGCAGGUGGACUAG